UUUAUUUUCUUAUGAUUAUACUUCACUCGUUUGAUACAUUUUUGUUUGGCUCACAUAGUUGUCCGAAGCUUUUCAUUGUUUCAUAUAGCUGGUUACUCCGUGUCGUAGUUGUCCAAAGCUUUUAGAAGCGCUGCAGUGCACUCGGUCAUGGUUGCACUCAUCUUCAACAGUCCAUAUACCGCUCCACCGUUCUUCUUCAGCUCUCCCCUUCCUUCAACUGUCCCACAAUGGAAACCCUUCUUCUCCUCCGUUUUAGCCUGUAGCCAAAAGGCCCUCAAUGCUAGCACCAAUGGCGCAAACGAAGCUCCGGAGCUCCCCAAACGCACUCGACGAGCUCGAAAGAAGACGCCAUCCUCAACCCCCGUGAAGAAAAAACGCGCUUCCAUGAAAAAGGAUUCAGCUUCGGAAGAACCCAAGGUCGUGGAUGCCGGCGUUGAAGCAAAGGGGAAUGAAGCGGAGGAGGAAGAAGAGGACUUCGACGACGAAAUAGACUUCCCCUACGAAUCUCCUCCACUGGUUUGCUGUUUCGGUGCGGCGCAGAGGGAAUUCGUGCCUACCGUUCGGGUCUCCGAGCGGCAAAUGCAUCCGGAUCAAUACUCGUCGUGGAAAGGUUUACAAUGGAAUCCGCCGGAGUUCGUUAGGGCUCCAGGUGGACCGCCAUCGAAUGUCGCCAUCUCACACGUUCGAUUGGGAGGCCGAGCCGCCUUCAUGGGGAAGGUUGGAGAUGAUGAUUUCGGGAACGAUCUGGUGUACAAGAUGAACACGGAGAAGGUUCAGACUCGCGCGAUGAAGAUCGAUCCGGCCGUAAGGACUGCGGUUUCGUAUAUGAGGUUAGGGUUCCGGGAUGAUGGCGAUCGCCGGAGGAUGGUGGCGGAGACAGUUAAGGCUUGCGCAGAGGAUUCCUUCUUGAGUUCUGAGAUUGAUGUUGCCGUCCUGAAAGAGGCUAGGAUCCUUCAUUUCAAUUCCCAGAUUCUCUUAUCCCCCGCAAUGCAACCUGCUCUUUUUAAAGCGAUUAAAUGGUCAAGGAAGUUCAAUGGAAGAAUAUUCUUCGAUCUAAACCUCCCACUUGCCCUCUGGAAAUCUCGUGAUGAAACUAAAGAACUGAUCAAGAGAGCGUGGGAAGAGUCCGAUCUCAUUGAAGUAUCAAGGCAGGAACUAGAGUUUCUCUUGGAUGAAGAGUACUACGAGAAGAAGAGAAACUAUCGGCCCCAAUACUACUCGGAGUCGUACGAGCAGACCAGGAAGAUUCGUGAUUACUACCACUAUACUCCUGAGGAGAUUGCUCCCAUCUGGCACAACCGAAUUAAGAUCUUAUUCGUUACCGACGGAACACUUCGAAUCCAUUACUACACUCCAAAGUUUGAUGGCGCCGUUGUUGGGACUGAAGAUGUGCUCAUUACUCCCUUCACAUGUGACCGCACUGGCUCCGGCGAUGCUCUUGUGGCUGCAAUUAUGAGAAAGCUCGCAGUACAUCCGGAGAUGUAUGAGGAUCAGGACUUUUUGGAGAGGCAACUCAGGUUUGCUGUUGCUGCUGGGAUUAUUUCACAGUGGACUAUUGGAGCUUUGAGAGGGUUUCCUACUGAAAGUGCUACACAGAAUCUGAAAGAGCAGGUUUAUGUGCCUUCUAUGUGGUAGAAAAUUUUCAAAAGAGAGCUGUAUGUAGAUUCUCUUACUCAUCAUAGUAUUAACUGAAGGCCUUGAAGUGUCUUAUAAACAUGAAGGAAUAUUGAUUUUCAGUUAGAAGAUGGAGGAGUAGAAUGUUGAUUGUUUGCAUGGGGUUAUUUUAGUCAUAGAGCCUAUAAAAGUAUAAGAUUAGUCACCAAA